AUGAAGUUAGUGGUUUCUGUCCUCUUUUUACUUAUUUUCUUUGCAUUUGAUAAUGUCUUUGCUGAGAAGUGCAGCAAGACUCCUUUGACUAUCAGGAAAGACUUUAUCUCUAACUGCAGAGACCUCAACUUGGGUUUGAUACAUUGCCUUGUGGCCUGGUUUGCAUUUAAAGGUGCCUUUAGUGGACGGGAUCCAGCAACUGUUGCAGCAGAGCACUAUCAGCCAUACUUUAUGGUACUCCCCAUGCAAGCCAAGGAAGAUCAGUCUCUAUUCUGGUCUGGGACUUAUUCCAUUGUUGAGGUUGUGAGCACUCAGCCUAAUCCUGCAGGAGCUGUUGUCUAUUCUUCUACAAAUGAGCCUUCAUCAGCUAUCAUUAAUGAUCUGGGAUAUGGAGUUAACUGGUGUGGUGUUGAAGGAGGUGGUAUAGAUUAUGUUAACGAGUGUCUCUGCAGUGUCUCUGGUAACUUUUGGGAACGCUUCUCCAUUGAUUUUGCAAAAGCAUCUCGUGGCAGUGCAUACUGGCUUGGAGAUGGGGAACGAGAUGGAGGAGCCUUUAGCAAUUCAUCUUAUUUUUCUACUGUCGAAUUGCCAAAUAUGAAUGCUAACGAGGUCGUGGCUAUUGUUGUCCACAAAAAAGGAAAAGGAGAGAGUUGUUCAGAAGGUAGCAUGAAUGUAUUGCGUAGUAGAGUCAUGGAAAGGUCCAUUGAAUAUGACUGUUACGAUGUGUAUGGAGAUAUCAAUCAAACUAACGCUAUUGCUGCCUGUGUCUCUGCAAUUAUCAGUGACAUUCAAAAAGGUACAAGGCCUAAGGACCAUGAAGUGGAUUGUGGUCCUUCUAUUCCUGCUUAGUACAGCAAAGAUUAUUGAUGGCGUCUUUAUUAAUUUUGCUAUUAAUUUGCCAAUAUUUGCUAACAAAUAAUAAUUAAUAAAAACUAUA